UAUGCGAACUGCCAUUUCUCUCAUCUCGAAAAGAUGCACAAAUACAACCGCACUACCGGACCCAAGUUCUCUGCUACAGCAUUGCGUGCCAAGGCGCCAGCGACACAGCAGUGCCAAAAGUGUCUUGAAUUCGGUCAUUACACCUAUGACUGCAAAGCUGAGAGAGUUUACAAACCACGUCCCACUAGAACUCAGCAGCUCAAGAAGCCUAUCAAGAGGAUUGAAGUUGAAGUCCCAGAGGAGUUUUUGCCAAAGAGGAAGGGUUUAGCUGCCAAAAUCCUAGAUGACAAAGAGAGAAGGAAGAAGAAUGAUCACAAGUCAAGAUCUGAGACUUCCUCAAGCGAGAGUGAUAGAAGUAGCAGUAGAUCAUCUUCUAGCUCGUCUAGAUCUAGUUCAAGGUCUUACUCAGGCUCCUCACGCUCCUCACGCUCCUCAUCAGUAUCAUCCUCUCAAUCUCGAUCAUACACUCGCUCCCUAUCGAGGUCCCUUUCAAGGAGCAGAAGCAUAAGUAGCAAUAGCGGGAGUAGAAGUAGGAGUAGGAGUAGGAGUAGGAGUAGCAGCAGGAGUAGGAGAAUCAGUAGAGGUAUGAGCAGAAGCCAUGGAGGAAUUGCAAGUCGGAGUAGGAGUCAGGACAGACAUUCAAGAGCGAAGAAAAAUGACUCUUACACCCCUCGUCGUAGUAAAAGCAGGAGUAUCUCUCCAGACCAUCCACGCGGACGCACAUUACAAAGAAGCCAGAGUAGGAGCAGAAGUCGUAGCCCUAGUCGUGGGAGAGAUCGAGACAGAAGCAGAGGCGGAUCCCGCAGCUUCAGUCGCAGUAGGAGUCGUGGCCGUAGCCCUACUUUGACAACUAGGGAGAAGCGUACUAUACAAGUUAAUCAUUCUUCAGAUGAGGAGAGCCAGAAGCGAUCUGGAAAGAAGGUGGCAUAUAAUAGGGACUAGUGAUUGGGUUUUUCCUAUUUAAGAGUUUUGUUUUCUUUUACUUUUAAACAUUCAAAUG